UAAAUUGGCUUUUACUAACUUCACUUCCUAUGCACUCAAUAUAUAUCUUGAUCCAUUUUGUUUCUUCACUCACUUAGAUCAAGAACUUGCUUUUCAUUUGCUUCUUGAAAAUGUCUUUGAUCAAUGCCAAACCUUUUACUCUCUUGGUCAUGCUAUGCUUUUUUGUUAUUCAAGAAUCUCAUGGUAUCUUAAAAUGCAUUUCACUAAAGGAAGUUGCUCCUGUGAGACUCCUAAAUAGAAAGGUUUUAGAAAGCCAGUGGGUUGCAUUUGGAAAGGGAUACUACAAUCAUGCAGAGAAGAUUAAUGAGAAGUUGGCUGAUUGGGAGCUAAGAGGAGUUCCAGCUGGUCCUGAUCCAUUGCAUCACAAUGGUGCGAGUCCUAAGAAACCCAGGACCCCAUGAUGCAAGUAUUAACUUUGUUUUGGCUCUAUGUCUAAGUUUUUAGUAAAGGGUAGU